AUGUUACCAUUCCUUACGACGACUUCGCCCGGAUCAUUUCCCUCUCAGCAACGACCAAAGACCAAAGGUGACUCGACACCCAAGCCUGGCAACCCCCCUCAUGCCUUAGAUGGCAAGGAGGAUACCGUGGUCCACACAGAUAUGCUGACUCGUACUGUGAUCAGCCUUGCCGCCAUGGUCGAACGUAAACCUCUUCCUGACAAUGCCGCGACGACCUCCCUCAACAUCCCCGGGCAGUCCUCAGAAGUGAGCCCACCGUACGAAAUACCCUAUUCGCUCCGUCCUGGAGGCGCCAAUCACCCAGACCAAGCGCCAGCGGACCGUGAAGAGAAUGCCUGGGAGGAUGCAAACCCACAAAUACCAUCCAUUGUCGAACCCUCCACGCGGCCCCCCGGCAUUCCCGAAUCCUUGACACCCGGCCACCGUCCGUCCACCGAAGUCCAGCCCUCCACAUCACCCUCACGAUCCGAUACGAAUCGAUCCGAAACAAAUCCAUUCAAGCGGCGAGAACUACCACAAAACAGUUCCAGUCAUGCUGUUGGCCAAUCGUCACAGCCCCCGCCGCUUCCUCCAACGCCAGCUUUUGCCGACUUGAGCCUGGGCGAAGCGAAUACCAAUCCAUGGCAGCCCGCUUUAGAUGAAUCAAGCAAGAGUCCACAUGCUGCCGCCUCGACAUCGAAUAAUGUUACUACCGCGCCCUUACCGCCGCCGUUUCCCGCCGACUUGGGCCAGCCUGCCGAAAGCGACCCAUGGCAACGCGAGCCUUCUCCCAAGCCUCCAGUGCCACCCAUCUCGACGUCUCCCGCGCUGAUCUCCAUAUCUUCCGCUCCCGAGUCCCCAGCUUGGGACGAAGAACCUGAACAGCAGCUCUUGCGAUCGCCCCCUGUCUCCCCGGAAGCUAGCAAAGCGCUUGCCGAGGAUCGAAAUGUAUGGGACGAUGGGCUUUCUCAGAGCAAGAAUGUCAAGGCACCGGUCAUGACCCAGCCGAGUAGUAGCGACGCUGCCAUUGACGACUGGAGCCUGAUCGAUCGCGACACAAGUCUCUCGGCAGACGAUACAUCCAAGAACAAAACACACAAUCCACCCAGCACCGACAACAUCCAGGACGAGGCACCUGCUCUCCCUCCACGCCGGCCAACACAGCCAAUUCCGCCACGACACUCGCCUCGCCCCGUGGAUGGCAAGGCUGAAACGUACCAGAUCAAAAACAUCAAUUGGCACGAUCACAAGGCCGACGCGAACCCGCGCACUUCACCUAUUCUCGUGCAAAACGAAAACGGACCAUGCCCGCUCGUGGCUCUCGUGAAUGCGCUAACGCUCACAACCCCCGCUGAGCUCACGGACACGGCAUUAGUUCAAGUCCUCCGCUCGAGGGAGCAAAUUAGCCUCGGACUCUUGCUAGAUGCUGUGUUUGACGAGCUCAUGUCAUCGCGACGGACCGAAGAGGGCAGUUCAUUGCCUGACGUAGGCGAACUCUAUGCUUUCCUCAAAGGCCUGCAUACAGGCAUGAACGUGAACCCCCGAUUUGUUCCCGAUCCAAAGGUGGUCCAGGCUUUUAAGCGUACCUCACUCACUCAUCUACACCCCACCGAGCGCAGUGACAGCAUGCCGGGCACCUUUGAAGACACAGUCGAGAUGUCCUUGUAUGCAGCUUUCUCGAUCCCACUUAUCCAUGGUUGGCUGCCGGAAAGCGAUGACCCAGUCUGUGAAUCAUUCGCCCGGCAAGCAGUAUCGUACGAAGAUACGCAAAACAUCCUCUUCCGAGAGGAGGAGCUUGAGAUGAAGCUUGAGGGGGACGGGUUGACAGAAGAUGAACAACAGCUCUAUCAGGACAUAUUCUCGAUCAAGGCGUUUCUUGAGACAUCGGCCACUCAACUCACGUCCUGGGGGCUCGACGUGAUUACAAAGGCCAUGAAGCCUGGCAUGGUCGCUAUUCUGUUUCGAAACGAUCAUUUCUCCACGCUGUACCGCCACCCACAGACCCUGCAGCUUCUCAGCCUUGUCACAGAUGCCGGUUACGCAACCCACGCAGAGGUAGUGUGGGAAUCUUUGACCGAUAUCAAUGGUUUGACCUCCGAAUUUCUCUCCGGAGACUUUCGUGUCGUUGGAGGCGCGAGUAAUCAUCGUGACAGUUUGUCGGUCGGCGGGAACGAGACGCCGUGGUACGAUACCCCCGGUCCGUCUGGUGCGAGCACGUCUGCUGGCAGUCAAGGCGGUGACUGGACAUCGUCAACGGGGCACGGUAGACAAGGCUCAAAUUCGCAGGCUGUCGAAGGGGCCGACACCGAACAGGAGGAUCACGACCUUGCGCUCGCCUUACAACUACAGGAGGAAGAAAACGAACGCCACCGCUCAGAGCAGGCGCGCCGAGACCGGGAGAGGGUGCUGAGCGAACAGUAUAUCGAGCAACAAGCCCGACAAACGGGACCGGCGAGCAGCACUGGCGCAGGAGUCGGAGCCGGUAGAGGGCGGGGAACCCCAGGUGGCAACCGAGGUCGCGGCGGAGGCAACUCGUCUCUUGUCAGUCCGCGCGGCUCCAGCAAUGCGGCCACUUCAUCUGGUACACGGCGCCCUAGCGCCGUGGGCCCCUCAUCGCCUCAGCAAGUCCGGCCACUCGUUCCCCCUGUCGUCCCGCAGCGCAGAGCGCCGGUGUCACGGCCAGUGGACGAAGGCGCCGAGGACGCACCGCCGACAUAUGAGCAGGCACAGAGUGCGACGCCGUACAUGCCACCACCUGGCCACCCAAGUCACCCCGCAAGCAACCAAAGUCUUUCUCAACAGAACAGCAAUGUCAGCGCUCAGGGUCAAGGCCCAAACGGACAGCGGCCUAUGAUGAUGGGACAAGGGCGAGGCCGGCCUAUGCCUCCUGGGGGCGUCGUCUCAAGCCCGAACGGGAGUCGCGAACGAGAUUGUGUGCUCAUGUGA